AUGAGCCAGAUUCGUCAAAACUUCCAUGCGAAUGCCGAAUCGGCAUUGAAUGAGGUUGGAGGGAAACUGCUGGAUGCUUCCUAUCAUUAUCUGAACGUGGCGUAUUUCUUUGACCGUCAUGAUGUGGCUUUGGUCAACUUAUUCAAGUUUUUUCUCAGAUUGAGCGACAAGAAAAGAGAACACGCGGAUAAAGUAAGUCAUUUGCAUUUUGAAAGGACCGUUUUCUAGAGUAUCAAAGACUCCUAAAAACUUCAAAUCCCCAAUUUACAAGGAAGGUACAUCAAGUGCGACGGUCAGAUUUUGAUGAAACUUGGCACAAAUUUAGAAUAAUUUUCUCUACGAAAUAUGCGAAAAUCCUAACUCGCGUUUUGCAGAAACGACAAAAAUUUCUUGAUCGAAAGUCAACAAAAAUGUAAUGGUCUUUUGCGAAUUAGUAUAAAAAGUUUCAUGCCGAUUUCUAUCGUAGAGGGUAAUCUUUCCACAAAAAAAAUUUUUCCGUUGUAAACUGGCAAAAAUACGGCCGGAAAGUGUUUUUCUCUCUGGCCACCCUCCGCGUUCUGCGUGCUCUCUCGGCGUAAUUAGUACUGCGGAUUAAUGUAUUCUAACGAAUUCGAAUACGACUAUUUGUGCACUGUUCGUAUUCAUAUUCCUAUUUUUUGAACUAGAUUUGAAAGUCUUACUGUAUACGGGAUGGGCCCAAGAUUACAAAAGUUUUUUGGAUUAUGUUUUUUCGAAUAUUCAUAUUUUUGACUCCAGAUAUUUGAUAUUCGUAUUCAGAUCGGGAACUUUUGUAAUAUUCGCAUAACUUGAAAAAUUCAAGGUCCGACAUUUACAGUAGCCGUGUAAAGUAAAAUCGUCGUAUGAAAAAUGUUGAUAGUCUUAAAAAGAUUCCGUUUCUGAGUCUUGUAAUUGUUACGCAUUUGAAUGUUUCAGCUCUUCCAUUACUUGAACACCCGAGGUGGUCGGGUUCUGUUCCAAACGAUCGUAAAGCCCGAGGUCACGGACUUCAAGCAUAUAAAACAUUGUUUUGAUCAUUCCAUUGAAUUGGAGAAGGAUAUCAAUUCCCUGUUCCAUCAACUAAACAAAACGGCCGAUGAAUUCAACGACUCUCAAUUCGCCGAUUUCGUCGAUGGAUUUAUGCACGAACAAGUGAUUGACAUCGAGGAAUUGGCCAAACACAAGAGCGGGGCCAAACUAGCCGGCCAAGGAUUCGGGGAAUUCUUCUUUGAUCAGGAGUUACAAGAAUGA